AUGCAUCAGGAAGCCCGUCAUCGUUGGGCAUCGUCAACAACUAAAACACUGCCCACGACAACAACAAUUGUUGAAACUCUUGAACCAUUUCCUUAUCAAAAUCUUAAUAAUAAUAAUAAUAAUUCAUCAUCAUCAUCAUUUUUUUUACCAUUAACUAUAAUGUCGAACGGACGUGAUCGUACAAGUGAAUUUCAAACAACAGUAAAAACAUUUGCUAGUAAACCGAAUGGUCUUGGUGGUCCUCUUCAUACUCCAAUUAAUCGCCAUCAACAUCCUCAAUCAGCUAUGGAACAACGCGGUAUAUUUAUGCAACAAGCAAAAAGAAUUGGUCAUGAUUUAUCACAAACAUUUCUCAAAUUAGAACAAUUAUCAUUAAUUGCUAAACAAUCAUCAUUAUUUAAUGAUAAAUCAAUGGAAAUUCAAGAUUUAACAUUAUCAAUAAAACAAGAUAUUAGUAAUUUAAAUCGACAAAUUGCACAACUUCAACAAUAUAUGCAAGAUACACAUGGAUAUAAGUCGAAAAAUUCUCAAACGCAUUCCAAUUCAGUUGUUUUUGUUUUACAAUCCAAAUUAGCUACUAUGUCCAACGAUUUUAAACAAGUUCUCGAAGCUCGAACUCAAUUAAGUUAA